GUCGCCGGUGAGCCGCAGCUGCAGCCUAGCCUCGAGGGAGGGAGGAGGGGCCGAGGGGAACUUGGGUGUCGCACCCCGCGGGCCACCGCCCCCGUCGGCCGCGCAGCUGGGAGGAUGCGGACGGCAGCGAGAGCGUGCGCGGCCACGUGACGGCCGCUAUAAGAGCGCACGGGGCAGACGCUGGGCUCCCGCGGUGCCUUCUCGCUGGCCGCGCUCCUUCCCGGCGCCGGCUUCUCUGAGCCACCAACCUGCGGCUGCCCCGGCCGCCUGCGCCCCCGGCAGCACCAUGACAGAUCAGGCCUUUGUGACACUGACCACAAACGAUGCCUACGCCAAAGGUGCCCUGGUCUUGGGCUCAUCUCUGAAACAGCACAGGACCACCAGGAAGCUGGUCGUGCUCACCACCCCACAGGUCUCAGACUCCAUGAGAAAAGUUUUAGAGACAGUCUUUGAUGAAGUCAUCAUGGUAGAUGUCUUGGACAGUGGUGAUUCUGCUCAUCUAACCUUAAUGAAGAGACCAGAGUUGGGUGUCACGCUGACAAAGCUCCACUGCUGGUCACUUACACAGUAUUCAAAAUGUGUAUUCAUGGAUGCAGAUACUCUGGUCCUAGCAAAUAUUGAUGAUCUUUUUGAGAGAGAAGAAUUGUCAGCAGCACCAGACCCAGGGUGGCCUGACUGCUUUAAUUCUGGAGUUUUCGUUUAUCAGCCUUCAGUUGAAACAUAUAAUCAGCUGUUGCAUCUUGCUUCUGAGCAAGGUAGUUUUGAUGGUGGGGACCAAGGCAUACUGAACACAUUUUUUAGCAGCUGGGCAACAACUGAUAUCAGAAAACACCUGCCAUUUAUUUAUAACCUAAGCAGCAUUUCUAUAUAUUCCUACCUCCCAGCAUUUAAAGUGUUUGGUGCAAGUGCGAAAGUUGUGCAUUUCCUGGGAAGAGUCAAACCAUGGAAUUAUACUUACGAUCCCAAAACAAAAAGUGUCAAAAGUGAGUCCCAUGAUCCCAACAUGACUCAUCCAGAGUUUCUUAUCUUGUGGUGGAACAUCUUUACCACCACCGUUUUACCUCUGCUUCAACAAUUUGGCCUUGUCAAAGACACCUGCUCAUACGUAAAUGUGCUUUCAGACUUGGUCUAUACACUGGCUUUCUCUUGUGGCUUCUGUAGAAAGGAAGAUGUCUCAGGAGCCAUAUCACAUCUGUCCCUUGGGGAGAUCCCAGCUAUGGCACAGCCUUUUGUGUCCUCGGAAGAACGGAAGGAACGGUGGGAACAAGGCCAGGCCGAUUAUAUGGGAGCAGAUUCCUUUGACAACAUCAAGAGGAAACUUGACACUUACCUCCAGUAGAAACACUGCAUUUUCCUGUGAACACAUCCACUUCACAAGCCUUCUUUCUGAUACUUAGUAUCUAGAGCUGGGUUGAGAAAAGUCUGUUACAGUUGCUAGAGGUUUUCACUAAAACUUAUCAGAUGAGAGCUUUUUGUAGGACAAGAAGUGAGAACUGGGCAAAAGUUGUAAAGCAGCAAUUCUGUUAUAUGGACAGUGUUCUGCUUUUUAAUCCUAUUUAGCUCGUUUCAGAAAUUCUUACUUUUGUUGACUGCCAACAUACGAAGGGAAACUCAAUAUUAAGCUGUUAAGAUGGCUAUAUCAUUUCUUAAAAUCUGCAGAGCCUGGUUCUAAAUCAGUCACUCCUUUCAGAAGCAGACAUGGCAUCUGUUCCUUGCUUACUUGUUGGUUGUGCCUACCUUUCACUAGACCUACAUUUUAGAAUUGCCCAGUGCUGCCAGAAUGAGUGAUUGUAAUUCUGCUUUCAGGUAAAGAUAGCCUAUAUUAACACUGCUGAGUGAUUCAUAAACUAUCAACAAAAAGCAUUAACCCAUUUUAUUUCCUGGUCUUAGUGUCUGAAGAUGUUCACCAGUUUUCUAAUGUACAGUAAGGCAGCAUGCUAAAAUGCUUUUGUUCAGUUCUGUAUAUUUGAAAAUAGCAGUGUAUUCUCUGAUGGUUACCUGCAGUGGCACCCUGUAUGGAAAAUAAAGACUUAUAGCC